UGAGCUAAGAGUAUUUCUCUUUUAAGAAGAUCAAAACUGAGAGUUGUGGGGAACAGAAGCAGAAGAAGGAAAUACUGAACACACCAGAAGGCACACGAGCUGAGAAAGACAGAGAGAGCCUGGCUCUAGACUAUGAAUACUUCUGAGAUGGUGCUAGACUACAACUUCACUAACAGCUCCUUCAACUGUACCAUUGACAGCUUCAAGCAAGUAAUUUAUCCCAUUAUGUAUCUAUUCAUCUUCUUCCUGGGUGUCGUUGGAAAUGGCCUUUCCAUUUAUGUCUUCUUCCAGCCUUCACAGAGGAAGACCUCAGUAAACAUUUACAUGCAGAAUCUGGCUGUUUCAGAUCUCAUGUUUGUGAGCACUUUGCCCUUUCGGGCCACGUACUUCCUGUUGGGAUCACGUUGGAUAUUUGGUGAUACUGUCUGCAGGAUCAUGACUUACAGCUUGUACGUCAACAUGUACUGCAGCAUUUAUUUUCUCACCGUGCUCAGUGUGGUCCGUUUCAUAGCCAUCGUCUACCCACUCAAAAGCUGGAAAGUAACCAACAUGAAGUAUGCCAAGAUAAUAUGCGCAGCUAUAUGGGUCUUUGUGCUGGUAACUGCCAGCCCUCUGUUAAUCAAGGGAGUCACUGGGUACAGCAACCCAGUCAAAUGCUUGGACCUCCAUCCCUCCAGCACACACAGGCUUCUCGUGAUGAACAGCUUUGUCCUUGUCGUGGGCUUCGUUCUGCCAUUUUGCAUAAUUAUUGUGUGCUACGUCUUUGCAAUCAAAGUGUUGCUCAAGUCUAAGACUCCGCAGCGAAAGAAGGCAGUCUGUCACAAGAAGGCACUGUCAACCAUCAUCAUCACUCUCAUCCUCUUCCUCCUCUGCUUCCUGCCAUAUCACGUCCUGCGAACUGUCCACCUGAUGCAUAGCAGCUGCAACCAGGCCAACCUGCCAGUACACAAAGCACUGGUGGUUGCCCUCUGCCUUGCUGCCAUGAACAGCUGCCUUGAUCCUGUCCUUUAUUACUUCGCUGCUGAAGAUUUCAAAGCAAGAAUCAAAAGUUUGUACCGCAGGUAACUGAUGUAGAAUUGAAAAAUAUCUGUAUGGUCCCAGUGGGACGUCUAGAUUGGGUCCAUACUAUUCAAU